AUGGCGUCCCCGACUCAUGUACACCGCCCGGUCUCGCUGCUGCAUGAUGAGCCUUACACGCCGCGCGGGUCUCUAGCCUCGCUUAUGCGCCGGCGGUCAUCGUCGAAUCUGUACGCCUACGGCCGUGAUGAGGAAGAGGCUGCCGGCGGGGUAUUGACGCCCUCGGGCAUGAUGACACCUGGUGGCUCUUUUCUCGGCCGCCGUGACACGUUUAGCGACGAGGAGGAUGCGCGCCGCGCGCACGACGAGCGCCGCCUGAGCGCCAUCCUCAACAACCCGCAGAUGCGCAGCAUGCGGCUGAUUGGCAAGGCCAAACGCUACCGCUGGGAGCGGUAUUGGAAGACGGCGGAGCAGCUGUGUACCAUGACGAAGCCCCUUCGCGAGUACUACGAGCGGAACAACAUGUUGAUCCAGCAGUACCUGUACAUUGACCGACUGCUCAACUCGUCGCUGCCGCACGACCUGCUCAACGAGUACAACGAGCUUCACUCGGCAGCGAGCCGCAACGUGGCAGUCCCGGCUACCAUACGGGAGGAGUCUUCGUCGGUGUCGCCAUCCAACGCCGGAUUCGCCCAGCUACAGGAGCGCGAGGCGGCCCGCCUUGGCGUGACGGGCGCCAGUCCCUCGACGCAGGCGGCCGUCAAGAAGGUUACCCGGACGCCCAAGGGGAUCUACCGACCCGCCGAGACGACACCCCUGCUUGAGGCCCACGAGGAGGACGAUGAGGACGACCACGACCCCGACUCUGACGAAGAGUUCCGCUCCCGCACACGUUCACGGGCAGCUACCGAAGGCACGGCCACUUCCAAUGGCAGCUCGUCCGUAUCUCUGGCGGGCAACUAUCUUUCUGCACCCUACGGUGCGACAGCAUCCGACAGCGCCAACCAGGCGUCCGCCCGGGCGAAAGCAAGCUGCGUGGACACCGGCGGCCCCGGUAGCAAGUCCCCGACGCUGGCCGACAUCCCGCUGCUGCUCGAGGACGAUGAGAACGUGGACAGCUCGGCGCCCAUUGUCACGCUGGCCAUCUACAUCAAUCUGGCCGCCAAUGCCAUCCUGUUGGCCGGAAAGACCGCCGUCGUCGUCUCCGUGCCGUCCAUCUCCGUCUUGGCCAGUUUGGUGGAUGCCGUGCUGGACUUUUUGUCGACGGCUAUUGUGUGGACGACGACGUGGAUGAUCAGCAACCAAGACCAGUACCGGUACCCCGUCGGCCGGCGGAGACUGGAGCCGCUGGGUGUCUUGGUGUUCUCGGCCAUCAUGAUCACGUCGUUUGUGCAGGUCAUGCUGGAGGCUGUGCAGCGGCUGGCAUCCGAGGACCGCGAGAUCAUUGAGCUGGGCCUCCCUGCCAUCAUCAUCAUGGCAAGCACGGUCGUCAUCAAGGGUCUUUGUUGGCUGUGGUGCCGACUUGUGAAGAACUCGAGUGUGCAAGCAUUGGCGUCCGAUGCCAUGACGGACGUUAUUUUCAACGCCGGUUCUAUUGCCUUUCCUAUUGUCGGCUUCUAUGCACGCAUCUGGUGGCUCGACGCCCUCGGCGGUCUGCUCCUCUCCAUGGUUGUCAUCUACAACUGGUCACGGACAUCCAUUGAACACAUUAAGCAUCUGUCUGGCUUCUCUGCGACGGCCGACCAGAGAAACAUCUUGCUCUACUUGACCAUGCGCUUCGCCAAGACGAUCAAGGCCAUCCAGGGCCUGCAGGCAUACCAUGGUGGCGACAAGCUGAUUGUGGAGGUGGACAUUGUGCUCGAUGCCAACAUGUCGCUCAAGGACAGUCACGACUUGAGCGAGAGUCUGCAGUACGUCAUUGAGUCGGUGCCGAUUGUCGACCGAGCCUUUGUGCAUGCUGAUUAUGCCGACUACAACCUGCCAACGCACAUGGAGCAGCAGGCUGAGUAA